AUGAGUACCCCAUUCACUCUCUAUACGGCGAGGGACCGCCCCGACCUACUUCGAGCCCUCGAUGAACCGGACCACCCACUGAAUCUGCCCUGGCCCGAGUUUCUCGACCAAGACCUGACCUUCCAGCUCUUCAGUUCAAAACUGACCCGGUUCGAAUCACUAGCACACUUCCAAUUCCUCGCCGUCGAGCGUGAUGCAGCGACAGAUGAGGAACACGUUGUAGGGUUGGCCCGAUCAAUACCCUUUUUCUGGCCUGAGGUCGCCGCGCUGGACCUGUCUUCCGGCACCGACAGUCUCUCUCGACAUCCCAAGAUUCUCAGCACCCUUCCUGAUGGAGGCUACGACACCAUGCUGGCGCGAGGAGUGCACCAAUAUCUCGCUCGGGAGGGCCGAUUGCUAGAACCGCUGGCCCUCACUGCAGACCAGGAAUCGGAUUCUGCAACUGCUCGACGCCGGGACCCGCCCAAUGCUCUCUCUGCGCUUUCCAUUACCGUGCGGUGUGAUCGUCGUCGAAUGGGGCUGGCUGAGGCUUUCAUUGCCCAGAUGAAGCAGACCGCAAUCGAGCAAGGACUUCUUGCGUUGGUUGUGCCCUUGAGACCCACUCGGAAAGCUGAACAUCCACAAGUCAACAUCUGCGACUACAUCAGAUGGCCGGUUGGCGAGGGAUUGCCGCCCACAGGUCAUGUAUUGGAACAAUCGAAACCAUCCCUCUCCUUGCUGGGUAGUGCAAACUUGCCCUUUGACCCUUGGUUGCGCAAGCAUCUCCGUCUGGGGGGGAAGAUCGUCAAGGUUGCCCAGAGCAGCAUGAUCGUACAUGGAACGGAUGUACAAUGGCACCGCUGGACCAAUAUCGAUUUUGAACAAGUGGGGCAUCCGAGCUCUGAAUGUCUCAAGAGCAAAGAGCAAGACUAUGUGGAUGUGGUGAUUCCUGCGGGUUUGGUGCCAGUGCGAUAUUACUAUGAAAAGAGGAUCGGCGUUUAUCGAGAGCCUAAUGUGUGGGUAUUUCAUGAGCUGAAAAGUAAUAGACAUUAG